GUUAACUAUGCCGUCGUGCUGCUAUUGGAUGUUGUAUCGUCGAUGGCUGGGUCGACCACUGGUGUACCGAUGUCUCCUGGAUAAGGCGGAUACCAACCUGCAACGCCGCCGCCUUACUACACAACAAUAUACGUAACGACCAGUUACUACACCGAGGUUGCACAGUUUGGUUUACAGUUAAACCACCAAGGAUCCAGAUUAUUACACCACAACUUGUGCUGCUCCUCGAGCUACACUACCAAAGCGCUAGAGUACUACACCGGGGCUCCUAAGUACUACACCACCAAGGCACCUAAGACUACGCAACUACGUAUGCUGCCCCAACCUACGACACCGAGGCUUCAGCUUAUUACACCACCAAAGCUGUCGAAUACUACACAGGAGCGCCGAAGUACGAUAGAAAUCAGUCGAGUGAGUUUCUCCGACACCCAUCACGGCAGCCCCGAAGUUUCGAAUAAACUUCGCUUCAAACAGUGGAACGGCAAUCAGUGAAGAAUUCUACUGCAAUCGCGUCGAAUUGAAUAGCAACGAUAACACAUUCGUACGUGUACACCGUGUUAAACUUGACAUGGUUGGUCGGAAAGCCAAACUUAACGAUGGCGGUACCAUCACCUACGACAAGUGCGUUAUUGCCACAGGUGGUAAACGAAAAUCUUUUCCAAUCCCUGAGCGGUGCCCUUAAAGAUGCCCACAAGCACGUAACGCUAUUCCGCAACAUCGAUGGCGGUAACAUAGGCCGAGUUCUCCCUAAAUAUUUGAGCCAAUGGAUAACCGAGCACGAUCGAACGUCUGGUUGGCUGGAGAUGUUGCGUCUGUUUGUGAUAUCAAAUUGGGUCGUCGUCGUAUGGAACAUCAUCACUUUGCUGUUGUAUCAGGGCGAUUGCUGGAGAGAAGAAUACUGGCAACGAAACAUGGAUGAACAACUGCAGUGCACUGUCACCAAGUGCAUUCUUCGUCGUAUUAUCAGUACGCAAUCGGUGUCGUGCUGUUGCCGUUUGUCGUAUCGUUGAAGGUUGGGUCGAUCACUGGUGUACCCAUGUCUCCUGGUUAUGGCGGAUACCAAAGCACCACGCCAUCGCCUUGCUACCCAACGACAACAUUCGCACCAACCGGCUACUACACUGAGGGCCACAAUUACUACACCACCAAGGCUCCAGAGUAUUACACCGCAACUAAUGCUGUCCCAAGCUAAAUCACCGAAGAUCCUGAGUACUACGCCGAGGCUCCCAAGUAUUACUCAGUUCCUAGCUACUACACCGAGGCUUCAACUUAUUACACCACCAAAGCGGCUGAAUACUACACCGAGCCGCCCAAGUACUUCACCACCAAGGCUCCAGAGUAUUACACCACAACUUGUGCUUCCCCGAGCCGCUACACCGAAACCCCGAAGUAUUACUCUGCCCCAAGCUACACAAAUACAACUGAGGCGUCCAAGUAUUACGCAGCCCCGACUUACUACACAGCGGCUGCUCCUUCGUACUACGUUGAAUCGGAAUACUACACCGAGGCUCCAGUUUACUACACCACAACCUACGCUACACCUAGCUACUACACCGAGGCCCUACACUACCAAGGCACCCGAGUAUUAUAAAACUACUUAAGCUGUUCCGACCAACUACACCGAACCUCCGAAGUAUUACUCUAUCGGUCUAUCCAGAUUUACUACACCACCAAGGCACCUGAAUAUUACACCACACCCUACGCUUCUCCAACUUAUUACAGGGACGUUUCUAAAUACUAGAGUCGAAUUUUCAAAUUUAAUAAUUAUGUUCAGAUUUGUCGGUAAUAUCUUAAUAAUAACUAGUCACUGGGAAUUGUUGAUCUUUAAAGAGAAAUAAAUUUUGUUUAACCUGGGUAA